CAAAGUUAAAGUGAAAAGUUUUUAUAAAUUGUGGCGCACAAAUUAAUAGAAGAAAGUUUUUCACUUUUAAUGGCAAAAAGUGUUUAAAUGUGUGCACUUAAAUAAUCCCAUAAAAUCAAGAAAAUCGCACAUAGAACGUCAAUUUUCUACAAAAUCAACAAAAUCAAAUUUUGGUAACAUCUCAAGCAAACAAAAAAAAAAGAAGCAAAAAGUCGUAAUGUCAUCGUCAACUUCUGAAAUUCCUGUGAAUCCCAGCUGGACAGUAGCGAGCAGCGAGAGUAGCACUGAAUCAACUAGUAGCAGCGCACUUAGUAGUUCAACAGUUGCUACAAUUGUGGAAACUGUAAAAACUUUUGUAACUACCAGCUCGACAACACUUAAUGCAGCAACGAUCAGUACAGAUAAUAUCGCUACACACUCGACCUCAAUGGGAACGGAAAGUUCCUCUUCCGUUGCAGCUGUUAUGGAACACAACACGCCUGCCAACAAAAUGAAUGUGGCCGAUUUGAGUGCUUCAUUGCAGCAUUUUGGUUUCGUUGAUUAUUUUGUAUUUGUGUUAAUGCUUUUGGUUUGUGCCGUAAUUGGGUUUUACUUUGGUUUUGUUGAGAAGAAAAAGAAGAAGCGAAAUAUGGAGGAGCGUCGUGGUUCGGAGGCUUUGGACUAUCUGGUGGGUGGCCGAAAGAUGAAAGUAUUUCCGGUGUCAUUAUCAUUGGUGGCCAGUUUUGUUUCUGGUAUUUCGUUACUUGGCACUUCCACGGAAAUUUAUGUUUACGGCACUCAGUACGCUUUUAUAUUGAUUACACUGGCCUUGUCUGGAGUUAUAUCCUGGUACGUGUUCCUGCCGGUAUUCUGCAAUUUACAAUUAACUUCCACUUACGAGUAUUUUGAAAGACGUUUUGACCGACGAGUACGUCUAUUUGGUUCAGUCUGUUUUCUUACAUUAGCGAUUUUGUGGAUGCCAAUAUCCAUAUACGUGCCUGCUCUUACUUAUAACCAGUUAACUGGAAUCAAUGUUCAUACUAUAACCCCUGUACUCUGUGUGGUUUGCACCAUUUAUACGAGCAUCGGAGGCAUAAAAGGCGUUAUCUGGACUGAUGUACUGCAAAGUUUCAUAAUGGUUGGCGCAUUAUUAUUUGUUGUUAUAAAGGGAACAAUCGAUGUAGGAGGUCUAACCGAAGUUUAUAGACGAAAUUUGGAGUCAGAUCGUAUAGUUCUACCAGAACUUACCUUUGAUCCGACAGUGCGUAUGAGUAUGCUUGCUGUCUUGAUUGGUGGAGCGGUGUUUAAAUUACAAGUUUGUGCUACCAGUCAACCAGCGGUGCAACGUUUUAUGUCACUACCAGAUAUGAAGUCUGUGAAGAAGACUUUAAUAGUGUUUAUAACGGGAUUUGCGGGACUACUGGGUUUAUGUAUAUAUAUUGGCUUAUUAGCAUAUGCUGCAUAUUAUAACUGCGAUCCAAUUACAACAAAGUUAGCACGUGCAAAGGAUCAGGUUGUGCCACUAUAUGUUAUGCACACUGUUGGCAGUUUCCCCGGUGUCGUAGGUCUUUUCAUUUCAGGAGUUUUUAGUGCUGCAUUAAGUUCGCUAUCUACUUUACUAAAUUCUUUAUCUGGUGUUGUGUUAAAGGAUUUUAUUGAACCAUAUCGUUCUAAACCCUUAACGGAAUUUCAGACUGCAAUUAUCUUACGAUUAGUGGUUGUAGUUUUUGGUGUAUCAUCGCUGGCUUCGGUGCAUAUUGUUGAAAAAUUAGGAAUGGUUAUGCAACUAUCGGCGACUGUGGGGUCAGCCACUUCAGGACCGUUGUUGGGUGCUUUUACAGUUGGAAUGAUGAUGCCAUUUGUUAAUACAAACAGUGUUUUCACUGGUUGCAUCAGCUCGGCACUUUUGAUGACGUAUAUAACUGUGCGUGCACAAAUUGAUAUUGCAAGUGGUGUGCUGAAACAUCCAACGAAGCCUGUUUCAGUUACUGGGUGUACUUAUGAUUUUAAUUCAACACAUUUACUCAAUUCUAGUAUUUACGAGGCACCACUUUUCGAGCCGAAAAUUGAAAGCAGUUUGCAUCAUAUAUCCUUCUUGUGGUAUACCUUGGUUGGUGCUUCGACUACAAUUAUAGUUUCUCUAUUAGCUACAUUAUAUUUUGGAAAGCAGGAUGUCAGUGAACUGGAUCCAGCUUUGAUUGUACCAUUCUUCCAUCGUUUUAUGAAAACUAAGAAAUAUGCCAGUAUCAGAAAUUUAAAAAGUGCUAAUGAGUUGAGUAAAUUCGACAACCAAACCGAAGAAGUCGAAUAUAAAUUUACUGAUCAAAACGAGCGUAGAGAUGUCUUGUAACUUUUAUGUACACUUAAAAUUGUUAAACGACAAAUAAAAAUUGAUUAAAAUUAUUAAAAAUAA